CUUUCCUCAGUGAGAUAGACAGAGCAAAUUUCAACAGAAGUAAAGGAGUAGAAGUGAAGUGAAGCUGAAUUUCAUUCCAGGAUGAAGAUUCUCAUCAUCUUCACCUUCUACCUGAUCUCAGGUCCAGUAGACUGCUCUGAUGUGAUUGGUUACUCAGGAGGAAGUGUCAUUAUAUUCUCUAACAUAAAGUGGUACGACCACAAUAGUAAAUAUAUUUGUAAGGUGGACGGAAAAGACUGCACUGAUAUAAUACGUGCUGACACCAAACGCCACCAAGUUCACGAUGGAAGAUUUAUGUUGUAUUCAAACACAGAAAACUUCUUCUUAGUAUUGAUCAGAAAGCUGAAGCCACAGGACGCUGGAACAUACAGAUUUGGUUUGGGGAAUCAGAGCAACUCCACUGUGAACCUAAAAGUUCAUAAUAAUGCAUCUUGUGGGGUGCCAAAAAUAAUGAACGCUUGUCUUGGGCAAAAUAUCACCAUCACCUGUAAAUAUCCAGGGGAGUAUGAGAGAAACAGCAAAUAUGUCAACUCAGUGGAUGAUGACAAUUUUAUUAAAGCCAUUCUUGAUACUAACACAAAAUUUCAGAACGGCAGAUUCUCCAUUUCUGAUGACAGAAGUGCUAAAGUUCUCAGUGUGAACAUCAGCGACGUGAGAGAAGCUGAUGAAGUAUUUUAUUUAUUUGGCGUGUGGAACGGAGCAGGGUCAGUCAGAUAUUACUCCUACUUUACAGAGAUGUAUCUACAUGUUACAGGAUUGAGCGCAAACAUUCAACCAGCAACAACAGGGUCCUGCAUGAUGACAUCAGCAGCACCGAGAGAAACUCCAUCUCCAUUGUGUUUCAGUUCCUCUGUCAUCAUCAUCAUCAGUGUGUGUGUCUGUGUGGCUCUGCUGCUGAUUGGAGGAUUUGCACUGAUCAUCUACAAACUGAGAUGCAAGAGAAUACAAGAUUAUACUCCUUCAUCCAAGAGGAGAGACAAUAAUCCAGUGAGUAACUGUUUCCAUGUGGGUGUGUGUGAGUGUGUGAGUGUUCUCGAGUAACUGUGUAGCAUUAUUUUCAUAAGUGCUUGUUUUUGG